CCCAGUACUGAUUCCGAGUCGGCAUCAUCUUACCGAUCAGAUUAUACGCGAAACACACGAAAGACAUUAUCAUACGGGAAUUCAAACUACAUUAUACAUAAUUAGGCAAAAAUUUUGGUUACUUGACGGCAAAAAUCAAGUGCGCAAGGUCAUACGCAAAUGCAUACGUUGCACGCGAUUCGAUCCGACAACAGUCGAAUACAAAAUGGGGGAUCUUCCACCUAACCGCGUACGCGAAGCCACACCGUUCAAUCACACCGGCAUUGAUUUUUGCGGACCAUUUUAUAUCAAAGAAAAGAAACAUCGAAACCGGAAUCGGGUUAAAGUGUACGUAUGCGUAUUCGUCUGUAUGUGCAUAAAGGCAGUACAUCUUGAGAUAGUGAGUGAUCUAUCCUCGGACGGAUUUCUCGCAGCGUUACGACGCUUUGUUGCGAGACGCGGUGUUCCCGAACACAUUUAUUCCGACAACGGAACUAAUUUCAUCGGUGCCAACAAUCAACUAAAAGAUCUUUAUGCUUUGUUCAAUUCUAACGAACACAUGAAACGCGUGGAUAAGUACGCGAACGAAUUGCGCAUUUCCUGGCAUUUUAUACCGCCUAUAGCUCCGCACUUCGGAGGGUUAUGGGAGUCGACGGUAAAAAUAUUUAAUCAUCAUCUCAAACGCGUAGUGGGCGACACUCUAUUCACGUUCGAAGAAUUGAACACGUUUGCUAUCGAAAUUGAAGGCAUAUUAAAUUCAAGACCGAUAACAUCUAUUACUUCCGAUCCGAACGACAUGCUGGUAUUAACGCCUGCCCAUUACUUAAUCGGCAAAUCAAUCACCUCCCUUCCUGAGGGCGACCUACAAGCUGUUUCAGUCAAUAGGCUGUCCGCCUGACAACACAUAUCAAAGGUGCGACAGGACUUUUGGGCUCGAUGGAAUUUGGAGUACCUCAACGAACUCCAACGUCGUGCCAAAUGGGUCACAAAUGGUCCGGAAAUAAAGAUCGGAGCAGUCGUCCUCAUCAAGGAU